AGCCCAAGACGGCGGAUGAACGGAGCCAAGCGUGUGUGCCGCCCUUGUCGUUUUUACAGCAGCUGAAAAAGCAGCGUCCGGCCGGCAGCCCCCCCCCCUCCCUCCCCAGAACCUGCCCGAAAAUGAUGCUUAAACUCGUCCAUCUCCUCGGAGUGCUCGUCUGCGGCAGUCAAGCUGCACUACAGGUGUCCAUAUCCCUAAACAAAGUGGAGUUAAGUGUUGGAGAGUCCAAGUUCUUCAUCUGCACAGCUAUCGGCGAGCCGGUGAGGCUGGAGUGGUUCAACCCCCAGGGCGAGCGCAUUGUGCCCUCCAAGCGAAUGGCCCUCCACACAGAGACAUCUAGGUCCAGGCUCAUUAUUUACAAUGCCAUCGUCGAGGACGCAGGUAUCUACCGCUGCCAGGCAGCCGAUGCCAGCGGUCACACCGAGGAGGCCUCUGUUGUGUUGGAGAUCUACCAGAGGCUGACGUUUCGGGAUGUUCAGUCACCACAGGAGUUCCGCCAUGGAGAGACGGCGGAGGUGGUGUGUGAUGUCAUUAGUUCGCCCGUACCCAUGGUAGUGUGGUACUACCAGGACAAAGAAAUCACAGAGGAGCACCACAGCAGGUUCCAGGUGCUGCCAAACAACAACCUGCAGAUCCAUCAGGUAACCAAAGCUGACGAGGGCGUGUACCGCUGUGAGGCCAGCGUCGAGACACGCGGGGAGAUCGACUUUGUGGACAUCGCUGUAGUCGUCAAUGUGCCUCCAGAGUUAUCAGUGCUCCAGCAGUCCUUCAACGCUACAGCUGAUUAUCAGGAAUCAGUCACCUUUACCUGCAUCACCCAUGGAUCCCCUGACCCAGUGGUCACCUGGCACAGGAAAGGGCAGCAGCUGGAGCCAUCGGAGCAGUACAUUAUCAACAGGCUGGAGGGCGGGCAGAGCUUGUUAACCAUCCGCAACAUCCGGCAGGGAGACGGAGGAGUCUACUCCUGCAAGGCCACCAACAAAGCCGGGUCUCAGGAACGAGAGCUUUUGCUCAAAGUGUUUGUCCAGCCCCAUAUCACCCAGCUGAAAAACGUGACAGCAGUGGAGGGCAGCGCUGCCAUGAUCUCCUGUGUGGCUGAGGGCGAGCCUCUGCCUGACAUUUCCUGGAGGAGAGCCAGUGACGGGCAGACCUUCGUGGACGGAGACAAGAGCCCAGACGGGCGUUUUGAAGUCCGUGGUCGGCACGGCAAGUCAGUACUGACCAUCAGCGGUGUGAGGCUGGCUGACCUGGGACGCUUCGACUGUGAGGCCCUCAGCAGGAUCGGAGGCCAUCAGAAGAGCAUGUUUCUAGACAUUGAGUAUAUACCAAAGUUCCUGACCAACCACACCAUCUAUUAUUCAUGGGAGGGGAAUCCUGUGAACAUCAGCUGCGAUGUCAUGUCCAACCCUCCUGCUACCAUGCUGUGGAGGAGAGAGCGUUUCACCAUCUCUGCAGAGGGAACGGCCAACACACGGGUUCACAGUGCAGAGGGCAAGUCUGUCCUGGAGGUGACUCCGAUGUCCGACAGGGACUUUGGGCGCUACAACUGCACAGCCAGGAACAACAUUGGAGUUCGAUACCAGGAGUUCAUUCUUGCGCAGGCAGAUGUACCAUCAAAUCCAUACUCGGUGCGUCUCUCAGCCGUAUCCCAGCGCCUCGCCACUGUCACAUUCAUGAAGCCAGACUCUCACGGUGGAGUACCCAUCAGCUACUACCUGGUCCAGUACAAGGAGGUCGGCUCACAGGACUGGAGGGACGUCAAGUCGCAUAGUGUUCAGACGACGGUGGUGCUGACAGGCCUGGAGCCCAACACGACGUACGAAGUCCGAGUGGCAGCUGUCAACGGGAAGGGCCAGGGCGAGUUCAGCCACACAGAGACCUUCCAGACUUUACCCAUCCGAGAGCCAAGUCCACCAGCCGUCCACGGGCAGAGAGGAGUGGGCAAGGCCUACAGGCUGGGCCUGGUCAAACAGGACGAUGGUGGGAUGCCCAUAGUGGAGUAUAUAGUCAAGUACAAAACUGAUAAAGAGGAGCAGUGGAUGACGAAGCUGGUUCCAGGAGCAAGAUUUGCGAUGCUUCAGCCGUUGCAGUGGAACACACGAUAUGAGGUGGAAAUUACAGCACGCAAUGUCAAGGGCCUGUCAGAGCCCACCUUCUAUCAGUUCUUCAUGCCACAGAAGCCUGACAUUACAGCAGAAUCCCUGUUCAGCGGCCUGGGGCUGGGGGCGGUGGUGGGCCUCGGCCUGGGAGCGUUGCUGCUGCUCCUCGUACUGGUGGACGUCAGCUGCUUCUUCCUGCGUCACUGCGGCCUGCUGAUGUGCAUCACACGCACACUGUGCAGCAAGAAAACAGCCACCAGUGGCAAGGGCAAAGAAAUAGAGGAGGGCAAGGCCGCAUACCUGAAGCUACCGCUGAAGGAAGAAAAUGGAAAAGAGUCUCUCAAGCCAGAUACAAUUGAAAUCAAAGUGCACAGUGACAACAGCAUCCACACAAAGCCCGACGACAGCAAAGCGUAAAAAGGGAUGGUCCCCUCACCACCAAAAGAACAUUCGGAUCACGAGACCAAAACCCAGAGAAACUACAACACUGGAAAAUAGUGGAGUAAAAUACCAUAUCUGUUUAUAACUAUGCCCCAAUGAAUGGCAUGUGUAAAUAUAAAUAAUAGAGAGAAAAUAGAAAGGAAGAAAGGGUCAACCUUUUUAGACACCCUGAUUGAUCAGUGUAUCAUGUUCUUACAAACAUGGCAUCAGUGGAAGGCUUUUCAGUGAUUGAUUGUAUAUUCUUUUUCUCUGACUUUCGUUUUUUUUGUUUUUUUGUUUUUUUUUUGUCUCCUCAUCGCUGUUGUUCUUCUUAUGAUGCUUUCUGUCAUUUUGUUUUUUAGUUUACAACCCACAUCAGACUCUCAUGCAGAUCCAAUCACAUACCAGUCACAAAUAUAGGGCAAAGCUUGUACGCGAUUGUGCCGCUGAGCUCACAAUGCUCUCGCUUUUUUUUUUUAUGCCAGAGCAAAUGCAAGGGCCAACCCUCGCCCACCACUGGAUAUAAUUUAAACCCAGUCGCCUGUUUCCAUGCCUGAGUGUUAAGACUACUACCUUUAUAUGCCUUUAAUAGCCAAGCUAGGUGUCUAGCUAAUGAGAGGCAAAUGCUGAAGUGGCUUUUGGAGCUGAAGGUAAACAACUCUUAAUGAGAGUUAAGGCACCAUAGCUGGAGAAAAAAACACAGGUUAGAGGAGAAUUUAUUUCCAGUAACAUUUCAGUGGUGAGGAAUUGAAUUAACCAGGACCUAAAUGAUAAAUGUGAAGAAGAAUUUGGACAUAAUGAACCAUCUUUGAAGGGCUAUCAAACUGUAGUUUGUGUUGCGAGAAAACAAACUUGCUAAAACGAGCAAAACACAAAAAUUGGUAAGGAAGAGAGGAAAAAGUCUACGGUUCAACUCGGUAGCAAACAGCACUGAUGUCAUUGUUAGAAAAAGCCUUUUGUAUUGAAUCUUGCUCUUCAGCUGUUACAUUCUUAAACUAUAUGUGCAUAAAUCUCCAUUUGUGUUCAGACCACAUACAAUAUACAGUACACUGUUGCCAGAGGUGACCUGCACUGCAAGCUAAUUUCCGCUUUACAACACGAGUAAUGAAAAAUGUAAUGUCUUUGUGUCAAAAUGCCCUGAAUGGUGUGAUGUAAUCGUCGCCGUCUGUGAAUGCAGGAAGAACAGUGAACGGUAGGGCUCAAGGCAUGGGAACAAACAUAUGGACGAGAAAUUAUUCAAGCCAACACGUGUAUGUUUUAAUUAAUGGGAAACAUCAGUUUCACUGUCACUGUCUCAGAUUUGCCUCCGAAGCAUUUGUUUUAGUUCGUUUUUAGAUUUUGGGCUGAUCUCUCUAAUGUUGUCAUGUGUUGUACAUAGGUGAAAAAAAAGAAUAUUUUACAGAGCUUUUAUGUAAAUAUACCCAAAAGGAUGUGUCUUUUUUCAAAUGCAACAGGCUUGGCUAUUUUUUUUUUCCUUUUAUGCUCAGAUGAAGUUGACAAAAUGCUGUUUUUUUCUGUUGUGUUUUGGUCUAAAGUUCAGUGAUGGUGUAAUAUUGCUUUUUCAUUCGCUUUCCCGUGGAAAAAAAAUACCCAUGCCCUGCAGCUAUUUCACAGCAUUUCAAAGGAGGCAGUAAUUACAGCAUUAGUGUGCCUUCUCUUAUUUAUUUUUUUCCUCCUACCACUUGCAGCCUGGUGCCAUUCCAGGUGAGUGUAGACCAUCGAAUGAAUUCUUGAUCUUUACUGUUUUUGCCCACAUGAAAAAAAAGGUGUCAGAAGAUAGAAUUGUAUUGUGAUGCUGUGAAUUCUGGGAAAUGUAGUCGUAGGAUUGUGGGUGGUAGAUGACACUGGACAAAAACAAUGUGUGUAGUACAGUGAAAAUGUAGAAUUUAAAGGUUCACUGUGUAAGUUGUGAGGACGUCUAGUGGUGCAGUUUCAGGAUGCAGUCAACUGGAAACCCCUUGCCUCACCCUCCCACUGAAAAUCUCAGAUUGCUCAGUAGCAACAGCAGUAGUAGAGUAAGAGUUGAGGGAAUAUUAACUGUAGUCCACACUCAACAUAGUAGGAUGACAGCUGCUGGAAAACAUAAAGAAGAGAUUCAUUGAGCUACUGUAGAAACAUGACAGUUCAUGGUAUUACUCUGACAAAAA